UCGAUAUAAUACGAUCGCCGACUAUUGACCAUUACAACAACCACCCUGUGAACACCUCCCUCGCCAUACCUGUUCGCUUCUUAUUGUGUGUAUAAUCACUGUAUUUUUGUCUAGGGUUUUUGGGCUGCGUUUAAUUUAUCUAGAGGGAUGAGGAUGGAAGCAGUUGCAGCAUCAGUUGUUCGAUCUUCAUUUGGCGUCUCGAGGACUUUGAAUUCGGGUUCCAGAUCGGGUUUUGUGACAUCAAAUGGACCCGAUUUUGUUCGGUUCUGCGCCAAAUCUCAGUUUGCGAUUAAGCAUUAUUCUUCAUAUCGCUCAAAGCUAGCACGUAGGGGAAUUGCUUUUGGAAGUAGAAGAGGCAUGUUGGUUAGAGCAUCAUCAUCGCCUGAGUCAGCUGGGCCCUUUGAGUCUGCUGCUUCAAUUGCUCCACUUCAGUUGGAGUCCCCAGUAGGCCAGUUUUUGUCUAAGAUCCUAGUAAGCCACCCCCAUCUUGUUCCCGCUGCUGUUGAGCAGCAACUUGAACAGCUUCAAACUGAUCGUGAGGCUGAGAAACCGAAAGAGGAGCCUUCUGCAUCUGGCACUGACCUAGUAUUGUACAGGAGAAUAGCUGAGGUGAAGGCAAAUGAAAGGAGGAAGGCUUUAGAAGAGAUUCUUUAUGCAUUGGUUGUGCAGAAGUUCAUGGAUGCUGAUGUUUCUUUAAUACCCGCCGUAGCCCCCUCCUCCACAGAGCCGUCUGGCCAGGUGGAUGGGUGGCCAACCCAGGAUGAGAAGCUUGAGCAUCUACACUCUCCUGAAGCCUACGAGAUGAUACAGAACCACCUAGCUCUCAUUCUUGGAAACAGGUUGGGUGACACAACAUCUGUGGCGCAGAUAAGCAAACUCAGGGUUGGGCAGGUUUAUGCUGCAUCUGUGAUGUAUGGAUACUUCCUCAAGCGGGUUGAUCAGAGGUUUCAGCUUGAGAAGACAAUGAAAAUCCUUCCAAAUGCAUCAGAUGAGGAGGAAAGUAGCAUCCGGCAAGCGGUGGGUGAUGAUUUCAGACCAAGUGGUGGAAAGGGAGCAUUUCAAGCUGUUUCUUCCCACCCUGAAGUCACACCAAUGACGGACGGUAUUAGUCCUGAUGGUUUUGGCCAUGGGAUAAAGGCCUCCCGCUUGCGGAGUUACGUGAUGUCUUUCGAUGGAGAGACACUUCAAAGAUAUGCGGCAAUACGAUCCAGGGAGGCUGUUAGCAUUAUUGAGAAGCAUACAGAGGCCUUAUUUGGAAGACCUGAAAUCGUGAUAACUCCUCAAGGAGCUGUUGAUCCUUCCAAGGAUGAACUCAUCAAGAUUAGCUUUGGUGGUCUGAAGAGAUUAGUCUUGGAGGCUGUGACUUUUGGUUCUUUCCUCUGGGAUGUUGAGAGUUAUGUGGACACAAGGUAUCAUUUUGUUGCGAAUUAAAUCUCUCAUACUCAAUGAUAGCCAAAACAAACAUGGUGCAGGCACACUACUGAUCAAACGCAAAUGGUACCAGCCGAGUGUGAAUUUGGCUACAAGAAGUACCAAGUAUUUGAGUAAUAGUAUAUGUACAUAGCAUCAUAAUAUGUUUCCUGUUUUGAAUUUGAGCUCUUUGAAAUGUGUCUAGUUAGCAGCCGCUUUGGCAUGAAGGUUUUGUGGGCUUCUUGUGUGGGCUCAAACGAUCUUUAUCCAACUGGGUUCAUGGUUUUAUUUACUUUUUCU